GGCGCAGGAGCCCGGGGAGCCCGCGGCGGGCGUGCGGAGGCGCCGGCGGCUGCAGCAGGAGGACGGCAUCUCCUUCGAGUACCACCGCUACCCCGAGCUGCGCGAGGCGCUGGUGUCCGUGUGGCUGCAGUGCACCGCCGUCAGCCGCAUCUACACGGUGGGGCGCAGCUUCGAGGGCCGCGAGCUGCUGGUCAUCGAGCUGUCCGACAACCCCGGCGUCCACGAGCCCGGUGAGCCUGAGUUUAAGUAUGUUGGGAAUAUGCACGGUAAUGAGGCAGUUGGACGAGAACUGCUCAUUUUCUUGGCCCAGUACCUGUGCAAUGAGUACCAGAAGGGAAACGAGACAAUUGUCAACCUGAUCCACGGCACUCGAAUUCACAUCAUGCCCUCCCUGAACCCCGAUGGCUUCGAGAAGGCCGCAUCUCAGCCUGGUGAGCUCAAGGACUGGUUCGUGGGUCGAAGCAACGCCCAGGGGAUAGAUCUGAACCGCAACUUCCCAGACCUGGAUAGGAUCGUUUAUGUGAACGAGAAAGAAGGUGGUCCGAACAACCACCUGCUGAAAAACCUGAAGAAAAUUGUGGAUCAGAACGCGAAGCUUGCUCCUGAGACGAAGGCUGUCAUUCACUGGAUUAUGGAUAUCCCUUUUGUACUUUCUGCCAACCUCCAUGGAGGGGACCUGGUGGCCAAUUACCCGUAUGAUGAGACGCGGAGUGGUAGUGCUCAUGAAUACAGCUCCUGCCCAGAUGACGCCAUUUUCCAAAGCUUGGCUCGGUCAUACUCUUCCUACAACCCGGCCAUGUCGGAUCCCAAUCGGCCACCUUGUCGCAAGAAUGACGACGACAGUAGCUUUGUAGAUGGGACAACCAAUGGUGGGGCUUGGUACAGUGUACCUGGUGGAAUGCAAGACUUCAACUACCUGAGCAGCAACUGUUUCGAGAUCACGGUGGAGCUUAGCUGUGAAAAGUUCCCACCGGAAGAGACCCUGAAGAGCUACUGGGAGGAUAACAAAAACUCCCUCAUUAACUACCUUGAGCAGAUACACCGCGGAGUGAAAGGAUUCGUCCGAGACCUGCAAGGUAACCCAAUUGCCAAUGCGACCGUCUCCGUGGAAGGAAUAGACCACGAUGUCAUAUCUGCAAAGGAUGGUGACUACUGGAGACUCCUUGUGCCCGGAAACUAUAAACUCACAGCCUCCGCUCCAGGCUAUCUGGCAAUAACAAAGAAAGUGGCGGUGCCCUAUAGCCCAGCUGUUGGGGUCGAUUUUGAACUGGAGUCAUUUUCUGAAAGGAAAGAAGAGGAGAAAGAAGAGUUAAUGGAAUGGUGGAAAAUGAUGUCUGAAACUUUAAAUUUCUAAAAGGCUUCCAAUUAGCUGCUUUUAAUCUAUCUAUAUGAUGUAGUACAGUGUAAUGUGGCCACUUUAUUUUAGAUUUUGUGCAGUUACUAUUCACAUUGAUUUAUAUUUAAUCAUUUAAGUAUUAAUCAAUAUUACUUAAAUAGACUCUUAGGUAAAAAUAUAAGAACUCAACCCAUUUCAUUCUUAUAUAGCAUUCAUUUGCCUACAUAUAUUAGACAAAGGACUGCAGAAAAGGUCUAAGUAAUCUUGCCAACUUAGGCUCAAGAUCCAGUAUUCCAGGUGUUGUUUGUAAUACAAAACCUUUUGGCUAAUUCUAGCUUCUAAAAAUUAGUGAAGUUCUUGUAAUGUAAUUGGUGACAGUGUCACAUAAUGAAUGCCAUUGAAAAAAAAGACAACAGCUGUACCUUGGCCCUGUGAGCUCUCUAUUGCGAGAAUUAAAUAGUUCAAUAUAAGUUGUCAUCUGUCUCUUGUGUUGAUUAGCUAUAUAAGCAUGAUCCUGAUAAUGCAUUUUUGAUGGGAAGAAAACGUACAUGUCUACCAAGAGGUUUUACGAAUGGAAUGGAGACUGACUUGCUUAUAAUUAUGGGGCAAUAGUGUUAUGUUAGUUAAUCAGUCUGUUAACACUACUUCAGAGUUCAGGGUUUUCUCUUGGUUGUAGAUUGGCCCAGAAUUGCAUUCUGAAUUAAUAAAGAUUAAAAAAUACUGAAGGAAUAAAGAUUAAAAAAUA